GUACAUUUGGCAUUAGCGUCUGAAACUAAUUAACCCAGAAGAUCAAAAUGAUCCUCAACUCUUCCACUGACGAUGGUAUUAAAAGAAUCCAAGAUGACUGUCCCAAAGCUGGAAGGCACAAUUACAUAUUUGUCAUGAUCCCUACUUUAUACAGUAUCAUUUUUGUGGUGGGAAUAUUUGGAAACAGCUUGGUGGUGAUUGUCAUUUACUUUUACAUGAAACUGAAGACUGUGGCCAGUAUUUUUCUUUUGAAUUUAGCACUGGCCGAUUUAUGCUUUUUGCUGACUUUGCCACUGUGGGCUGUCUACACUGCUAUGGAAUAUCGCUGGCCCUUUGGCAAUUACCUGUGUAAGAUCGCUUCAGCCAGUGUCAGUUUCAACCUCUAUGCCAGUGUGUUUCUACUCACUUGUCUAAGCAUUGAUCGCUAUCUGGCUAUCGUUCACCCAAUGAAGUCUCGCCUUCGGCGAACAAUGCUCGUAGCCAAAGUCACCUGCUUCAUUAUUUGGCUACUGGCUGGCUUGGCGAGUUUGCCAACUAUAAUCCAUCGAAAUGUGUAUUUCAUCGAAAACACCAAUAUCACAGUUUGUGCUUUCCAUUAUGAAUUCCAAAAUUCAACCCUCCCCAUAGGUCUGGGCCUAACCAAGAAUAUACUGGGUUUCUUGUUUCCUUUUCUCAUUAUUCUUACAAGUUAUACUCUUAUUUGGAAGACCCUGAAGAAGGCUUAUGAAAUUCAGAAGAACAAGCCAAGAAAUGAUGAUAUUUUCAAGAUAAUCAUGGCAAUUGUGCUUUUCUUUUUCUUUUCCUGGGUUCCCCACCAAAUAUUCACUUUCUUGGAUGUACUGAUUCAGCUGGGCGUCAUACAUGACUGUAAAAUUGCAGAUAUUGUUGAUACUGCCAUGCCCAUCACUAUUUGCAUAGCUUAUUUUAACAAUUGUCUGAAUCCUCUUUUCUAUGGCUUCCUUGGGAAAAAAUUUAAAAAAUAUUUUCUUCAGCUUCUGAAAUACAUCCCCCCAAAGGCCAAAUCUCACUCAAGCCUAACAACAAAAAUGAGCACACUUUCCUACCGCCCCUCAGAUAAUGGAAGCUUAUCCAUCAAAAAGCCUGCCCUGUAUGUCGAGGUUGAGUAACACACCUGAAACCUGUCUGUGAACUAAUUUUGUGAAAAAGGAGCAAGAGAAACAUUCCUUUACAGCACUUCACUACCAAAUAAGCAUCAGCUACUUUUCAGAAAUUUGAGAGUGGAUUACGUGGACUGAACUGACUUUUCUAAAGCUCUGAACAAAAGCUUUUUUCUUUGCAACAAAACAAAGCAAAGCCACGUUUUGCCACAUUUUGCAUUAGAUAAAUGAUGGCUGCUCAAAAAACGUCAGAAAUUGGAUAGAUGUGUUGAUUUGGAAAAUUUUACUGGCAGAAAUGUCAUCUCGCUAGUCCUCUUAUGUUAUUUUUGAUUUCCACAUAAAGGUAUUUAGAAUAUGUUAAACCUUUAGGGGAGCAACAGGAGAUCAGUGCUCAAGAUUGCUCUCCCCAGUUUCCAAAGGGCAGGGCAGCUUUUGUACCUAUUUAGCUAUUAGCAACUGUGGUCCACUUGCACCUGCUACUAUACAUGUUGUACAAAGACUUGCCAAGCAGUGGUUGUCGACUUUCCCAAACUUGUGAAAUUCAACCAGUGUCUUAUUCACACUGCCAAAACAUGCCAGCUCAGGCUCAUUUGUAUAAUGAUGUUACUAAAGUCAUGUAUAAAAGUUAAACUACUCGUGAAGGUGUUACUCUGGUCCCAGGUAGUAGUGUCUUCCUAGUCAUAUUAGUUUUAUUUCAUAUGUGAGAAGUACAUAUAUUUUGUGGUAAAAAGAUUAUAUAUCAUAGAGUAUACCUUACUGUUUUAAAAAGUGUAUGUUCUAUCUAUAUAUGUAUAUGUAUAUCUAUAUCUCUAAACUGUUAGUUGGUUCAAAUCUGGUAAAGAUAUAUUUACCUUAAAAUAAAAUAAUUUUCUUG